CUCACCUGAACGAAGACCGUCAGUUGCUUACAAGCUAUCGCUAGCUGCGGUACUAUAGCACGCACGAGCUUUUUUCAUUGUUGUUGUUCUUCAUACAAUCAUUUGAUUCCUGCUUUCCAGUGUUGAUGUGCCUGUGCGUUUUAGUGGUGCCACUAUAAAAAAAAAAAAAGAGAUUUUCAGGAAAACACUUUGUUUUAAAAAAAACAUCUUACCUUGAUUGCGGUUGGUGCUCUAUUUUUUUAUUUGCGCACUGCGACUAACAGACAUUUAUUCAGCGAGUGAAUCAGAAUGAGCUUGCACCGGUGAGCGGGACUGCACGAUUUCGAACGAAAGGAUUGACCAUCCAAAUUAAUUAUUAAUAUAUUUGUUUUCAAAUAAAAAAAAAAAAAAAGAAUUGAAAACAAAUAAAAGAGUGGAAUAGUGCGGGCAGUUGACUAAAAGUGGUCGUGAUUUUUGCGGGAUUGUUUUUUUGGCCGUCUCUCUUUUCGAAAGGCAAUUGGAUUACACGCGACUUUCCAGGCCGGCGAUUACUUUGAAGCCACUAGCAUGGCCGUCACCAACAUGUAUUACCAAGAAUUUCAGCAACUGUGGAUGCAAGAGUCGGCCAUGAUGACGGACAACAAUGGCUCGUUGAUUGGCGAUCCACUAGCGCCUCAAGCGCAACCCGUCCAGCCAGAACAACAGGCCACGGUCCACCUGGAACUUCAACUGGUCCAGCAGCAACAGCAUCACCACGAACAUAAACCUGCCCUUCGGAUGCCUUACUCGGCCGCUUCAUCCGUACGGUUAGUAGCCGGAAUUAGCCCGAUCCAGCAGCAAACGAACGAACCAACGAUACCUUCGGAGCGAGCUUUCGUCCUACCACCGACGCCAUCCUACAACAACAACAACAACAACAACAACAACAACAACAACAGCAACGUGAUAGCUAAUCAUUUUCAAGCGGAAGAAGAAGACGAGCCGGAACACUUGGCCGCUUCGCUUUUGCGCGAUCACGGCGUCAUGGAUGAGGAAGAGGAGGAGGAAGAGGACAGAAGUUGUUGCAUGACCCAUCCGGCCAUGACACCACAACAGGAGCUGGAGGAAAUGUGCGCCAUGUAUCACCUGAACAACAGUCAACAUCACAACAACAAGUGCAACACGAUGCUGGCCAACAACGAAACGGACUUUGUCGACUUGGAUUCGUUGCUGGACCAGACGGCCGAAAGGUACGCCGUCGAUUGCGCAGGAGGAGGAGGAGGAUCCAAACUGCUUCCAGAAUCGCCGAGCAACCCCGUCCUAUUUUCCUAUUUGACGACGGGCGUCCGUUGUCCCAACCACCUCGUUCCAGUUUCACCUCCGCCCGUCGCCAACCGUCUGAAAUCGACCCACAAUCAGAUGACCCCGCCCGCUAGUCCCGAACAGCAACUCAAACAACUGGCCUCUUCGCGCAACAGCAGCACUUUAUGCCCAGUCGAUCUCGGUUUGAUAUCCAUCCAACAGCAACAGCAACAACAACAGCAACUACAACAACAACAUCAUCAACAAUCGUCCAGUAGAGUCAUCACUCCGCCAUCUUCUCCGGACUUGACGGACUACCUCGAGGCCAGCAAGUCCAACAGCGGCGGGGACAGCAGUUGCGAAAGCGGAAGCGCAAUCAGUUUCAGCAACCAGAAUCAGCACCCAGCUCUGCGAGGGCCGUUAGUGUCGCAUCAUCCGCAACGGUCCGACUCGGCCGAGGAGGAAGCCGGCGGCAAGACGGGCCGCGGCAGCCGAGGCGGCCGCAAGAGUUGGGGACGCAAGCGCCUCUCGACACACGCCUGCUCGCACGCCGGAUGCGCCAAGACCUACACCAAGUCGUCGCACUUGAAAGCGCAUUUAAGAACGCACACUGGAGAGAAACCGUACCAGUGCGCCUGGAAGGAUUGCGGAUGGAAAUUCGCCCGCUCCGACGAACUGACCCGCCACUACCGCAAGCACACGGGCGAUCGGCCGUUCCAGUGUCAGAUGUGCGAACGGGCGUUCUCACGGUCCGACCACCUCGCUCUGCACAUGAAACGACACAUUAGCGUUUGAUGAAUGGACUUUUGGAUGCGCAUCAUCCUCCCUCUUUUUUCUUUUGUUUUUAUGUUUUUGUUCCAUUUUUUCUUUUUCUAAGGGCGUUUGUGGGGGGAGGGGGGGAUCGGGCCAGCUGUCAAGGACGGGCAAGUAGAACUCGCCUUGAGGUAAAAAUUGCGUCAUCGCAUUCCUCUUUUUGCUCUAGAUUUUUUUGUUUUUUCCAAUAGAAGACAUCGAUGUACACCACGGCUCACGGUAAUAGGCCCUCGGGUUGUUCGUUUGUUGGGAGGGGGGAGGAGGCAUUCAAAUUUAGCGGGCGGCUGUAUGUGCGGCGGAUGACUAAUCAAGCAAGGUGCGUGUCUAUUGUUGUUGUGCAGCUAUUUUCAAUAGGUGGACAGCGCACGCAAAAAAAUAACAAAUGAGGAACGCGGCGUGCCAAAAAAAAAAAAAAAAAAAAAAAGAGAAAAUUAUCUAAAAAGUGCGGCAAAACAAACAAAUUGCAGCGUU